GCCGGGCGGGCGCGGCUCAGCAGCGGGCAGGUUCCGGCCCAGCCAUGGCCGCCUCGGCUGCCGGUGCUGCGGGCGGGGAAGCGGCGGCGGGGGCGAGGCCGCUGCAGGGGGCCAUGAAGCUGGCCAAGGGCGCGCUGGAGCUGGACGCCGGAGACCGGCCGCGGGAGGCCUAUGUGGAGUACCUGAAGAGCAUCAGCUUCAUUUCCCAGGCUUUGCUGGAAGAAGCAGCCACUGCAGCAGAUGGAGGUGACGUGGUGAUGCCCGACACGGCCAAGAUGCUGAAAGUGGCGGAGCAGUGUCUGGAGAGAGCCAAGAGCAGCAUUGCCAAACUGGGAAGGGUGAAGGUGAAACUGUCAACAGAGAGGAGUCCAGGCCCUGCUCCUGUCUGCCGGCACCGCCGGGUGCUCUCGGACGAAGGGGGGAAACUGUCCCCUUUCCUGCCCCCUGAGAUGUUUCAGAAGCUGCAGACGACUGAAGUGCGGAGUACAAAAAAGGAGCUCACCCCCUUGGAGGAAGCAUCGCUGCAGAACCAGAAGCUGAAGGCUGCCUACGAGGCCCGGUUGGCACGGCUGAACCCCAGUCAGGCCAUGCAGAAGACCUCUCUGACUCUUUCCCUGCAGCGGCAGAUGAUGGAGAACUUGGUGAUUGCCAAAGCCCGGGAGGAGACACUCCAGAGGAAGAUGGAGGAGCGCCGGCUGAGGCUGCAGGAGGCCGCCAACAGGAGGUUUUCCAGCAAUGCGGUGUUGACCCCAGAAGAGCAGGAGCAGCGGGCGAUCUAUGCCGCCAUCUUGGAGUAUGAGCAAGACCACGAGUGGCCGAGGCUCUGGAAGGCCCAGCUGAAAAAGGACCCCAAUGAUCUGUCCCUGGUGCCCAAACUCAUCUCCCAUCUUCUCAGCUUUGCCGAUCACCCCAUCUGCCAGCUGCUGAAGAAACUGCAGUGCUCCGUCUACAACCGCAUCUACCCACUGGUGAACCGGAGUGCGGCAGACCGGAGAAUUCCUGGGAAGGUCACCCGUGGGCUGUCCCUCUCCUCCUCGCUGGAUGCCGAGGCCUUCCUGGCGCCAACCCCUGAGGGCCCAAGACUGCGCUCUUCCCAGAGCCUGCACUCCAUGUUCUCCGUCCAGGAAAACAACAAACUGAACCUCCGGCACAGCUUCUCCAGCACUCCCCUCAUCGAGGACCAGAGCAUGAGCCAGCCCCACCCACUGGCACACAGCCUCCCCCCGGAAGAGCCGGUGUCCCCCCUGGCCGAUCGGGAGAGCUCCUUCGAAGACCUGGAGCAGUUCUUGGCCACUUCUGAGGUAUGGCCUGCGGCCUCCCAGGCACCAGCAGGGCGGAAGGCGUGCCAGCAAGAGCAGCUGAAGGCCGUGGUGAAGGACAUCCACAAUGCCAUCGAUAGACUGCUCUCCCUGACGCUGCUGGCCUUUGAGGGCCUCAACAUGGCUGCCUCCAAGGACCAGUGUGUGGCCCGCCUCGAAGAAGCCUUCUUCGCCCCCCUCUGGACCCCGCUUCUGGCCGUGUACAGGAAUGUCUACAAAACCCGGGAGGUGGCCCUCACCAGGAGCAUGGAGCUCUACAGGAACACUACCCCCUCUGAAAUGGGCAUCUCUGCCAAGCUCCUACCCCAUGGCAGUUUGCCCAGAGGGAUCGGCUCCUACCCUUACUGUGCUGCCGUGCAGGAGCUGAUGUUGAUUCCCCUGGGGACCUGCCCUCAGAAGAAGCUGGACUGCAUUGUGCGGGCCUUGCGCGUCAUCUGUGAAUGUGCAGAAGAAUACUGGGGGGGCCGAGAGGGCAAGUCCCAGCCAGCAUCUGCUGCCAUCGGAGCGGACGACCUCCUUCCCAUCCUGUCUUACGUGGUGCUGAAGAGCAGCCUGCCCCAGCUGGUGUCGGAGUGUGCCGCCUUGGAGGAGUUCAUCCAUGAAGGGUACCUGAUCGGCGAGGAGGGCUACUGCUUGACUUCUCUCCAGAGCGCCCUCUCCUACGUGGAGUCUCUGCAUGGGCCGGCCCUCAGCAAGUAGCCCAGCCGUCCCCCGCCCUCUGCCCUUGUCGCCAAAGCCGCUUCCUCGGUCUUGGUCCUCUUCUGCCGCUCUGCUCCUCGCCUCCUGUGAGUCGCAAGGGCUGCUGGCGGCCCUUCUUGCAAAACGAGAAGACGACUCACCUGAUCAAGCUUCCCCUCCCCUCCCCCAGAUCCUGUGCACUAUUUGAGGGGGGGGGCACAUGCUUUGUGCGCCGACUUAAAUGCUACGAGGUGCACCUUGCCAGGCCUGAAAGAGGGGAGACAGGGGGAGCCCUCUCUUGGCUUCAAGAGCUGCUUUACCUGAGCCUGGAACUGCUGCUGAUUCGCCACUCGCUGUUAUUUCUGCACCAGUGAGCGGAAGGGCAGGUGAGAUGCUGCUCUGCUCCCCCCCUGCAGUGUUUGCCCCACACCUGAAGCCUCCUUGUUGUCUCACUUGCUCCCACACGCAUGCUCCACCUCCCUCGUUCGCUCUUACACAAAGGAAGAAUAAUCAAAGGCUUUUAUUGGGGGGGCAGGCAGCCCCCAGCCCUCCUGCUGCCCUGCACUUGACACUGGGAGUUGUCUGUGGGAAGCCGAGAGCUAGGGGGGAGACGGCUGGCCCAGAAGGCAACACUUUUAUUUAUUAUUUACUGUAUUGGUUCCCCCCUUGUCUUCCCAGUGGAGGCCACCGUUCUCCACUCAGCCUGUGAGGUAGACUAGGUGAAGUGUUUGAGACUGGCCCCAGGUAACCCCCCCCCCAAGCUUCUAGGCUGUGUGGGGAGCUGAAGGGGGCUGUCGCAGAGCCGUGUCUGGCACCAGAACUGCCACACUGCAGUGGCUCUCUGGACUGUGUGUGGAGGAGAGAGAAAAUGCACAGACACUCACAAGGAAGAAUGUGGUGUUCUCUGCUCAUUCGCCUUCUCUGAAACUGUGUGGGGGCUACAGACGCUGUUUUGUGAACAAAUACUGAAGAUGGUGGCUGGAUUUGUGGGGCGGGGCUGGGAGAGGAGGGCUCCUAGUGAGAAUUUGCAUCAUUUGAAAAGCAAAGGACCUUGUCCACACUGAAUGAAUUUGCGAUGCCGCUGGAAAUGUCCCGGAAUUGCUGUUGAGCCAAAUGGCACCUGGAGUCCCCCGUGCCAUGUUAUGCGGGAAUGCCGCUUGACUCUGGGGGGAGGCCUUGUGCUGCCUGCCUGGGCCACAGCAGGGGAAAGGACCGGGUGUCCUCCACGUGCCCAGACUCAGCAGUGCUGAGAGCUGGGAAGCGGAAGCAGAAGCUGCUGCUGGCCCCUUCUGGGAAGCGGUGAAGAGCCAGCAGCUGCGGUGUGUUCUCCGGCCCUGUGACGCUUCCCUGCCUGACCUGUAUCCUCUUCACUCUUGAGGCAAGUCCAUAAUAAAGGCCAUGUCUGCA